AUGUCGAGCCUCCCGCUUCCUCGCGUCGAGUCCCUGGUGGACUGCACCAACUUUAAGCUCACCGUCCUCCCCUACCUUGGCCAGCUGGAAUGGCUCCCAGCCAGCUUGCGCGAAGCUGGCCGGGAUGUGGAUAGCUUGAAGGCCGUCUACCUCGCCACGAACCCCUUCGUUUCCGCGCUUGCGCUUAGCUCGGUCUUGGCUGUGCUUUUCUUCGUGGCUGCCGAAAUUAAUCGGAACUAUUCUCAGGUGGACCGAUUCUGGAGCAUUUUGCCCGCCCUGUACAACGUGCACUUCGCCGCUUGGGCGCGUUUAGCCGGAAUUCGCACCGAGACUUUGGAUACCAUCGCUGUUGUCAGCGUUUUGUGGAGUAUCCGUUUGACAUUCAACUAUUGGCGCAAAGGGGGAUACUCCAUCGGUUCAGAGGAUUAUCGCUGGCAGAUUGUGCGUUCGAAGGUUAACAACGGCUUCCUGUUCAUGAUAUUCAACUUCUCGUUCAUCGCUGUGGCCCAGUCUCUGCUGCUUCUUUUGAUCACCGCCCCGACCUAUGUCUUCGUGGUCGUCGCGGAAAACCAGGGUCCCGAGACCUUCAGUCUCGCCGAUCUGGCCUUCUCCCGCGCCGCUUUAUUCUUCAUUAUCAUCGAAUUCUUCGCCGAUCAGCAGCAGUGGAACUUCCACACUGCAAAGCACGAGUACCAGACCAAUGCGCGCAUUCCGGAACAGUUCAAGGACCAAUACAGUCCCGAGGACCUAGAGCGUGGCUUUGUUGUCAGCGGCUUGUGGUCGUGGUCGCGCCAUCCCAACUUUGUCGCUGAGCAGGCAGUUUGGCUCACUAUGUACGCCUGGUGCGCCUUCCGCACCGAGACCUAUGCCUCGUGGGCUGGCAUCGGUGUUUUGGGCUACCUGGCCAUCUUCCAGGGAAGCACUCGUCUGACCGAAUCGAUCAGCGCUAGCAAGUAUCCCGAGUACAGCGAGUACCAGGCUCGUGUGGGCCGUUUCAUCCCGCGCCUGUCCGUUGAGGCCAAACAGACCAAGCCUGCGAAGAAGGCCGCUAAGCACCGCAAAGGUGUUGAAGAAAAGAAGAGUAAAUAA